AUGUCCCCGUCCGCAUCGCCAUCAGCCUCUCCCGAACCCGCCGCUUCGAGCUCCACCACCGCCGCGGCGGCCCCGGCACCCAAAGUCUCGCAAUACCAACAAGGCCGUAAACAGCAAGCCAAGGAGAAUGGUGGUAGGCGUAGAGCUGGAGGCCCUGGGAAGAAAGGAAAGGUCUUUGUUGAGGACAAGAAAGACCUCCUGUCCCUGAUCUCAUCCAUCUCUGGCGAGGCCGAAGCGCUCUCGACGUCGCGUAUAUCGAAAGUCAAGGAUGUACAGCAGGAGAAGGCGGUGCAGCAGUUCAAGAGGAAUCAGGAUGUGGGGGCUGCGGGAGGAAAGACGUUGAGCGGGGCGGAGAGGAAGAAGAGGGCGAGGGCUAAGGAACUUAAAGAAGCCAAGACAAAGGUCCUGGAGAAGGAGAAGGCGAAGAAAGAUAGGAAGGCUGGAAAACAAACACCGGCGGAUGGGAAGCCUGCGAAGAAGAGUGUCGGGUUUGCCUGA